AUGGAGACUCUCUUGUUUACCUCUGAGAGUGUGAACGAGGGACACCCGGACAAGCUCUGCGACCAGAUAUCUGAUGCAGUUGUUGAUGCCUGCCUCGAGCAAAGGUUAUUGUCAACAUUGAGCAGGGAUACUGCUCAAGUUGACAGCAGGUGCCCAGAGGAGAUUGGUGCAGGUAUGCGUGUUCGGACCAUCCCUGAAUGCAUGCCUCUCAGCCAUGUGCUUGCCACCCAAUUAGGUGGUGCUCGCCUCACUAAGGAUGGGACAUGCCCCUGGUUGAGACCUGAUGGAAAGACCCAAGCCACAGUUGAGUACUGCAAUGUGAAGGGUGCUGUGGAUCCGAUCAGAGUCCACACUGUUGUCAUCUCCACUCAGCAUGAUGAGACUGUUACUAAUGAUGAGAUUGCAAGGGAACUCAAGGAGCACGUCAUCAACUACGUAAUCCCUGAGCAUUAG